GCCCGGGGACACGUGUUGACUCCUGAGCUCUCACCUGUACGCACGCACACACUCACGUCCUCACGCACACACACACGCACACGUACACACACGCACAUGCUGCCCACCCGUGUAUGAGUCGAGUGGAUUAGUGAGCUGUGACACAAGUUCACAAGUUCAAGUUCAAGCCACGUGGUGAACAGGACCCAAGGAAGGAACGAAGGAAGGAAGGAAGGAAGGAAGGAGGGAGGUUCUUCUUCGGUUUCUCUCCCUCCCUCUCCAAGUCAAGCCCAGCGACCCGCCAUCAUGAGGAAGGCGGCGGCGUGGUGGGCGGUGGUGGCGGUGGCGGCGGCGGCGACGCUGGCGGAGGAACAGAGCGGUGGGGAGUCCGGCCUGUGGCUGCCGGAGGCCCACAGCCCUUCGCUAGCAUGGUGGGCGGCGCUGGGCGGCGACGCGGCCCCCCAGCUACCUGUGGAGGGCAGCGAGGCUGAGGGCGAGGAGAAGGCGGCGGCGGGGCCCUGGCUGGCCAAACGGCAGCCUCCCCGCCGCCUGGGCUCGCUGGUGGACCUGUACCGCUCCGUGGCCAGCGGCCUCGACCCCUUCACCUACAAGCCCGUCAUGGCCUCCCCCGAGCGACGCUCUGGCCGCUGGCCCGCCGCGUGUAAGUUCAACCCGUUCGGCUUCGUGUGCUGGAACUCGGCCCGGCGGGGCGCCGUCAUGCGCCAACGGCCCCUGCAGCUGCAGUACACCCAGUAGCCAGCAGCACCCCGCGCCGCAGCGGCCUGCCCCGCCGCGCCCUGAGGCACGCCGGUCCUACGUCAGCCUGCCUCAGCGGCCUGCACCAGCCCGCCGGGGGGGGGGUAAGGCCCCUAGUGCCGUGCCCACUCCCGGCUGGCGACUCCGGGAGGCACUGCACCCACGGCGCUGCGACCCUCAGUCCCCAACCCUCCCCCACCACCCCACACCCCUCCCCCUUCCUCAGCCCACCAAUUCCCCCAGCCCUCCCCACGCCCGCCAAGCAUCCCUCUUUCCCUACCCCCCCUCUCACCCCCACGAGAUGAUCACGUCGGCAUCGGCUCCCCGCAGUCGUUCCCGCUAUGUACGUUUUGUACCCGUACAUGUGUCUGUUCACCCCUCAUGUGCGCCGGGGCAACUUUACCAAAAAUAAACCUAAACAUUUCAUG